UCCAGACCCUUUUAUCAUAUCACCUCCUCCUGGGAGCCUGCCCUGAUUGCCUUCACCUCAUUUCUUGAAAAUUGGUGUCUUGGCAGAAGUUGACUGAAGCCUUGUGCAAAUGCCCUAAGGGGUGUGCUGUUGGGAGGGGCACAGCCCCCUGUGAUGUGGAACACCACGCUCAGAUUCAUCAAUUUGGGCUGCCUGAGGCCCUGCCACCCCCGGGACCAUGUUUAACGGGGAACCGGGUCCAGCCUCGUCUGGGGCCUCCAGAAAUGUGGUGCGGAGCUCCAGCAUCAGCGGUGAAAUCUGCGGAUCCCAGCAAGCUGGAGGCGGGACUGGGACCACCACUGCCAAGAAGCGUCGGAGCAGCCUGGGCGCCAAGAUGGUGGCCAUCGUGGGCCUGACUCAGUGGAGCAAGAGCACACUCCAGCUUCCCCAGCCUGAAGGGGCCACCAAGAAGCUGCGCAGCAACAUCCGCCGGAGCACGGAGACGGGCAUCGCUGUGGAGAUGCGGAGUCGGGUCGUGCGCCAGGGCAGCCGGGAGUCCACUGACGGGAGCACCAACAGCAACAGCUCCGACGGCACGUUCAUCUUCCCCACCACCCGGCUGGGGGCCGAAAGCCAGUUCAGUGAUUUCCUGGAUGGGCUAGGACCAGCCCAGAUUGUGGGACGACAGACGCUGGCUACACCACCCAUGGGAGAUGUGCACAUCGCUAUCAUGGACCGGAGUGGCCAGUUGGAGGUGGAAGUGAUUGAAGCACGGGGUCUGACCCCUAAACCAGGCUCCAAAUCCCUCCCAGCCACCUAUAUCAAGGUUUACCUGCUCGAGAAUGGGGCCUGCUUGGCCAAGAAGAAGACAAAGGUGGCCAAGAAGACCUGUGAUCCCCUGUACCAGCAGGCUCUGCUGUUUGACGAGGGGCCCCAGGGCAAGGUGCUGCAGGUGAUCGUCUGGGGAGACUACGGCCGCAUGGACCACAAGUGCUUCAUGGGCAUGGCCCAGAUCAUGCUGGACGAGCUGGACCUGAGUGCCGCGGUCACUGGCUGGUACAAACUCUUCCCCACCUCCUCAGUGGCAGACUCCACGCUGGGAUCCCUCACCAGGCGCCUGUCCCAGUCCUCCCUGGAGAGUGCCACCAGUCCUUCGUGCUCUUAAAGACAUCAGAAGAGAGGCCAGGAUGGCGGUGUGGGAAGGGGUGCCCGCUGGCCCCCCACCUCUCCCCUGUACAUAGUCUUCGUGUCUUUCUGGACCCCUUGUGCUGCUGCAUGCCUGUUGGCUACUGGGCUCAUCCCAGCUGGCAGUGGAGACUGUAGUGUGUGUGUGUGUGUGUGUGUGUGCGCGCGCGCGCGUGUGUGUGUGCGCGAGCAUGUGUGUGUGUAUCUGUGUAUGUGUGUGACCACAUUCUAUCUGUUCAUUUGUCUGGGUACGGUCAGUCCUGGUGACUACAUGGGUCGAACUGUCUCCAUGUCUCUUUGUAUCUUGUUGAAAAGAAACCCAAAGGAGUGUUGUGUAGAUACGAGUCACCCUGAGGAGUCUUUAAGGGUAGAAGUGGAGGAUGUAACCACUGGUCGGUCCUGCCUGGUCUGCGGCUGUGGACAGAGCCGGUGUGUUCCCUGCCAGUGUGUCUGCUCCUGGGGGUCUCUACUGUUUUCUGUCUUGUCUUUCGUUCCGCCCUUGCCUCUCCUAGCACUGCCGCUGUUUUCUGAGGAAUGUAGCAUCCGUUGCAGUGGGGCACACUGAGGCCUCUCUGGGAACCCCACCCACCCCCACUGACACCCUUCCCCCACUCCAACCACUCUGGCAGCUCUUCCUGCCACUGAACACAUUCUGCAGCAUGUAGCAUGCCCAUCUAGUGCCCUGGCCAGGGCCGGGGGAGGCAGAGGAUGCCCAGGUGGUGGAGGGCUUGAGGUUGCUUCCUCUGUGGGGCUGGAGCCACCUCCUUCCUACCACGAGGCAUGGGUGGUCUUGGUUCCAGGGUUGCUGGCCAGGUGCCCCUUAGCAUUUGUUCUUCAUCUCUGUUAUCUCUUCAAGCCUCCUCCCUGACACGCCAAAACAGCUCUCCCAGCAGGACUAGGAGCUCAGCCUCAGAAAGGAUGUUCUCUGCCAAAGCCAACAGUUCUUCCUAGGCCCUGAGGGUGGCUCUGUCCCCUCCGGGCUCUUUCCUAGUACGGCAUGACUUGGUAAGGAGGUGCGGAGGGUACGGCUGUUUGCUGGAGCAAGGAGGGCUGAGGCUGACAUGUUCCGAGCCACUGUGGAGAAUCCUGUCUGACCUGUGGGGAUUAGCUGCAUGCGGUUGUUCAUUUGGGACUCUGUUGUUUGCUCAUUUCCAGACCAGGGUCCCUGUCUGGGAACUCAGACUCACCUAGGCUCCAACCCCCUGGCUCCAUGAGUAGCCUGGCUCUAGACUCUAGCCUGUCUCCGUCACCAGCUCUGUAUAAGCAAUACUUCCCCCUCUGGGCCUCCCUGCCUCCUUGACUCCACUGCUGCCCUCUGGAGAGCAGCCUGCUCUAGGCCCCUCCCCUGCGUCUGCUUUCUUUUCCACCUUUGUCUGGUUGGAGCUUCUCACAGCCACUCAAACCCUGACUUGAUUUGACAACUGGGCCCUGUUGGUGGGGACCAGUGCCUGGGCUGGACCCUGUGAAAUUUGUCUGCUGGGAAUCUUGAAGUCUGGCUCAGGAGUGCCCCAAUCUGUCCCUCUCCCUCCUCAACUCUAGGGUGAAAGGUGAGAGGUUGCCCAGGAGAUGGACAGAGCAGCCCUUGGGUCUGGAGGGGUGGAAAGAGAUAGUAAGAAGGGUUGAGGUGUGGGGAAGGCUCUCUUUCUAUCUCUUCCCUAGACACCAUCCCCCUGUGCUGGAAUGACUGUGGUUCAAGCUCCUGCAGCAGGCGAAUGCUACCCAGGGUAGCGGUGGAGAGGCCUCCGGGCCUGCGUGCUCAGCCUCCGUUCAAACCAAAGCUGGUGAGGAUAGGCCAUCUCAGCCCCAGGGGCCUCCUUUUCUGGUAGUAUUCUGUGUUGGGCUGAAGCCAUGGUCCUAUAACCUCGCUCCCAAGCAAACUAAGGGAAGAAGCCAAGAUCCCGUCUGUCCUGCCUGCAGGACAAGAAGUGCGUAAGGCCAGGAAGGAAAGUGAACAGAGUUAGCUUCUUGGACUCCUGCCUCCUGCCGGAGGCCCCGUCCUUAUUUUAUCGGAAGAGAACCAGCAUGGGCACAGAGGAGUGAGAGGAGGCAGCAGUGGGGCUAAGUUCUCUCUUUGGGCAGAAAUGCCUCAUUGCUAGGACUGGGUAGUGCAUGCAUUUCUCAAGCUCCUAGAAAUGGGGCCAAGGACUCUGUCCUUCUCGACCCUAGUGGGAGGGCAGGGAGGAAACUCUCUUGCAUAGGGGCAUUUUAAUCUCCUGUUUGUGAUGUAUUCACUGUGGAGCAGCUGCUCUCGGGAUGGUAUGAAAAUACCCUUCACCUUUGCAGUGAUGGGGUCAUUAGUGAUCCACAGGAUGGUAUAGACAUUUGCUGAUGCAGCACCCAGUAGUGAUACCCAGACCAUGCAGUCACCCCCAGGGAAUGGGGGCUCAAACACCCUCAUUCCUUUAGGGGUCCAGGAAAGUGGGGAGCUGCCAGCAGAGAGACCGCCACUGGGUGGCUCUAGGGCAUGGUGCCCCUCGCCUCAGGGGAGGGUCUGCACAGUGGAAUUUCUAGCCAGAGGAGGGGCCUGAUAUGCUGGUAACUUGGGCUGACCUACCUGCAGUCCCUGGCUGUCGAAACUGCCCAAAAGUUGGGCUACCCCACUGGUCCAGCUCUCUAUUAAAAGUGAAUUCCCACCCCCUCAAACUGACCCUGGGGAAUUAUUCAUUUUAACCCUCUGCACCAAAUAUAUUACUAAUUCCUGCCUGAAUUUUACCCCAUGAGGGUAAAGUUGUGUGAGGCUGGUGUGUAUACAAGAUGGGGAAUGGCUGGAUCUGUUUCUCAGCAUCCUGGAUGUAGAGGCUUGUCUGAGAAUUCACCCUGGAGCUGGCCUGUCCCGGAAGAGGGGGUGCACAAGUGUGACUCCCGGCUUUCCUUGGGGAAGGGAAGCAUCUGCCCUUUGAGGGGGUGCAUGGUGGGGAAGAAAGGAACAUGAUCCCUCCUGAGUUUUCCCUACCCUGGGGCCAACUCACUGCCAGGUUCAGUGUCCUGGCUCCAGUGCCUCCUUGCCCCAGACAAAACCCUGCAGUGGUUACAAGAUGGGGCUCUUUGUCAUCCAUCUCCUCUGGUCAGGCUGGGUUUAUGGCAGAGAUGUGGCAGAGACUGGAAUGGCCCUGCAGUGAUACUGGGCUGUGGGCAGGGAUGGUGUGGAUGACUUAGAGUGUCUGUCUUCAUAUUUCUGCUCUGUUCAUUCUGCCCCACUUUCUUCAAAGACUCCUUUUGCCUACAGUGGGCCUUUUGUAUGAAGCAGGCUCCAGUAAACGGAGCCAAGUCUUGGUUUGACAAGGGGAAUUUGAUUUUUCAGGGAAGAACCAUCUCUAAAACAACUCCCCCUCCAGUCUCUUCCACCAUAUUCUACUAGAAAAGGAACACUUAGGAGGUUCUUGGGAUCCAGCAAGUCCCAGGCAAUGCCAGCAUUUCAUGGGGUUGAGGCAGAACCCAGGAGCUCAUUCCCUGUGGAAUCACUGCCAGUUAGAGCGUUGAGGUCAAGCUUGUCCUCCCAGGGGCGUGCCGCCCGCCAGGGAAACGUGCGUGAUCUCUUCUUUACUGCCAGCCUUGAGGAGAGCAGAAGCCUCUGUUUUUAAAGACAAUAACGACUUCCUUCUUUGGAAAUGAAAUGUAGCACAAUCUUAGCAUGCAUUAUCAGGAGCCCUGACACGCAAGCAGGGUCCUCCCGCCAUGCUUCGCCACCCAAGAGAUGCCCAGGGGGAUCAAUCCUCUUCCCCUGGGAUUCCAGAGUUCCUGAUACCUCACAUUCCCCAUCUUCCUUGGUCCAACAAGCAACAGGGCUUUGGUGAGACUGCUCUUCUGUUUCUCUGAUUGCUUCUAGCACUGUGCAAGCUCUGUGCCAGAAAUUGCUGCCUUGAUGUUGUAGAUGAGUUGCUCUCCACCUGGUGGAGAGAUGGCACAUCAUUCAGGUCCAGAAGGUGGUCCAGUAGUGUUUCUGCAGAAAUAGAAAAGGAGAGGCCUGCUUCCCUCCUCAGAAUUUUCUUCUCCAAUAUCCUGACAUGUAAAGAGGUUCUCUCAAAUGCUGAUUCCUCUGCUGGAUUAUCUUUCACUGAGGGGUCUGGGAGAUGUAAAUGUGGACACAUCCCCUGCCUUCUCCCUCAAGUCUGCUUUUCAUUCAGGUCAGAAGAGGUUGGGGCAAAACAAAACAAGCAUGAUUGAAGAGCAGGGGAGCCCCACAACAAUCAGGUGAGGCCUGAUGGGGGCUGGAUUGGCCUGGUCUGACUGGGAAAGGGUUAUUUUGAAAGAGUGCCUGAGCAUCUCAGAGCAAUGUCAGUGAUGCCAAAGAGAGCAACUUGGCCUCCUUGGGCGCCAAUUCUGCCAGCUGAACUGCACAAAUGUGACUCAGAUGUUGGCUUGCCCGACGGCGGGACCUUGUUCUCUGACAAAGGGCUUAAUCUUUCCAUGUAGCAAAGCAACUCCCCAUCCCCAACCCUCAGCUUGGGCUUUUGUGGGCCCAGUAUGGCUGUGCCUGUGAGGGCAGCUGCAUCGGAAAGAGAAACUUGCGUUCUCUCAGGGGCCUAGACUGGCUUGGGGCAGGUGCUUGUUGAAAAGCAUGAGUGUUUCUGCCUUGGGAAAACCUCCCAGGGCUCUGGCUAGAACCUCGGCCAGUAAGGACAGGGCCUUGGGCUUCCCAAGGCAUUCACACUGAUGCAGGAAAGGGCCUUGGGCCUGGGUUCCCAACAGCUUGACUAACCAGUGGGCUUGGGGAUUCUAGGGACAACUAAGCGCCUACCCCAUUAGCCGAUUAUGGGGACAGCUGGCUACAGGGAAUCAUAGGCUAUUCUAUACAGUUUUGCCAGAAACUGUGACCUUGUGCAAGACUCCUCACUUCUCUGGGCCUCAGCUUCCUCAUCUCAAAAAUCAGACCAUUAACUAGUUUCUCCAUGGUUCCCUCCAGGUUUUAGGAGUCUCUGAUCUGGAGCUCAUGAAGGUUGCAAGCCUGGUGCACCUGGCACCUGAUUCCAUGGGCUGGUUUCUUGCAGCCCCUGGUGCCCAAGCUGGGUGCAGGUCCUCAUCUGGCCCAUGCCCAGAUGCUGCUUCUGAUAAGAACUCUGGGAAUCUUAACAGACUCUGCUAUCCUCUCUUCGUGGUUUGUCCUCCCUCUUUUAUUCUUGUGUGAUGAUGAGACAUAAUUAAGGGUUGUCUACAAUGGACAAUUUUCAAGGUGCUGACAUGAUGUCACAACCUUAACUGCAUCCUGAAUAAGUCAGUGUCCCCACCAGCAGAUGAGGCUGGGUCGUUCCUCAUUUCUGCUUUCUAGGAUGACAUCAGUGGGAAAGUUGAAGGUCUAAGAAUUUCAUAGGAAAAGCUCUCCGAUGGGAGGAGAAAGGGAGCUUAUUUCCCUUUAAAGUAUUUUGCUUCUUAAAACCACUCCUCCCUCCAGAAUGUCUUUUGCCAGACAUCAUCUCAGAAGCAGAGUGGCUGAUUCCUUAGGGAAAGCCAUCCCAGCAGCUCGACCAACUCCCUUAGCAUGUAAACUCACAGAAGGCAGGAACCCCUUUUUUAGACUCACCAAAUGCAUCCUGCAAAGAGAGAAAUAGCUGAUAGGGACUGACAAGCACACUGUUUAGAUAAGCAAUUAGCCUUUUAUAUCUGUGCUCUAUACAUUUUCUAUGUGCAGCAUCUUUCCAAACUUGUUGUGAUUCCCUGGUGGCAGGUGCACAGCUGGAAGGGACUGCCAGCUGUUUCGUACAACGUUCUUGCCAAUUCCCUUGAGGAGAAAAUUCUUCACACGGCUUCUGCAUGUACAGUAUUUGGGCAGCAAAACAUGAUUAAAGUCAGUUUGAAAAUGG